CGCUCGGUUUCGCCGUGAUUUCAUACCGAAGUCAUACUUCACAUUCCAGCUUUACUGUCAAAUCAGGAGAAAUAUUUCUUCAAAAACAUCAGCUUGGUUUACAUUUGUAAACGCGCUCAUGAGAUAAAGCCUGAAAUCUCUUUUUGCCCACUGUAGAGCAGAGGUUUGCGUUUAAGUCCUGGGUGUGAGGGCUCACGUAGGGGCCCAGGUGGAGCCGCCACCAUUGCAGCCAACGAGUGGAGCACCAGCGAGAGCCCGGAGGAGGGGCAGGAGGAUGGAGUGGAUGGGAUGGACAAGGCCGGAUUGGACGGUGAUGCAGAGGGCGUCUGGAGCCCAGACAUCGAACAGAGUUUCCAGGAGGCUCUGGCCAUUUAUCCCCCCUGUGGCCGCAGAAAGAUCAUCCUUUCAGACGAAGGCAAGAUGUAUGGUCGUAAUGAGCUGAUAGCAAGAUACAUAAAAUUGCGGACUGGAAAAACCCGCACACGAAAACAGGUGUCUAGCCAUCUGCAGGUUCUCGCACGGAGAAAGUCUCGCGAGAUUCAGUCUAAGCUGAAGGCCAUGAACUUGGUAAGUGAAAUGUUUUGUAGUCUGCUUUGCUCGCAGAGCUUUAUCCGCACAGACACCUGCAGACGCUCAGCUUUCAGUUUGCGCAGUUCAGUGCUUUGGCUGCCAGUGUCACCCGUCUCACAGUUUGGAUUAAUUGAUCAACCACUACUACUGUUCUCCAUUUCAGUUUUGGCUUACAUUUUUAUUUGUUAUCGCCGCAAACUCGGAACACUGCAAAGUAUUUUGAAAGUGUUUUAUUCUGUGUCAUUAAUUGAUCAGGCCUCCAAAGACAAAGCCCUGCAGAACAUCGCCGCUCUUUCCUCCGCUCAGAUCGUUUCUGCCAGUGUGAUGAAGAGUCAGCUGCCUCCUCUUCCUCAGCACCCCUAUCCUCCUCCAGCCCGGUUUUGGCCCGGUCCCAUCCCAGGACAGCCUGGACCUUCUCAGGACAUCAAACCCUUUGCACCGAGUCCAUACUCCACCCUUCAGCCUCCAAUGCCUACACCCAUAUCAAGUUAUGAGCAGUUACCCGCUCCGCACCCCCCGAGCGCCACUGCCGUGCCUGUGUGGCAGGACCGGACCAUUGCCUCCUCUAAACUGCGCAUGCUGGAGUACUCGGCCUUCAUGGAAGUCCAGAGAGACCCUGACACUUACAGCAAGCACCUGUUUGUCCACAUCGCCCAGACGAACCCCUCGUACACAGAUCCUCUCCUGGAGGCUGUGGACAUCCGUCAGAUCUACGACAAGUUUCCAGAGAAGAAGGGAGGGCUGAAAGAGCUGUAUGAGAAAGGCCCACAGAACGCCUUCUUUCUGGUCAAAUUCUGGGCUGAUCUGAACAGCAGUAAUGUUCAGGAUGGCGCAGGCUCAUUCUAUGGGGUCAGCAGUCAGUACAGCAGCUCUGAAAACAUGACCGUCACUGUCUCCACUAAAGUCUGUUCUUUUGGGAAACAGGUGGUAGAGAAAGUUGAGACGGAGUAUGCGCGUGUGGAGGGCGGGAGGUAUGUUUACCGGAUCCAUCGCUCACCCAUGUGUGAAUACAUGAUCAACUUCAUCCAUAAACUCAAACACCUGCCAGAGAAAUACAUGAUGAACAGCGUCCUGGAGAACUUCACUAUACUGCAGGUUGUCACAAACAGAGACACACAAGAGACUUUACUUUGCAUUGCGUUCGUGUUUGAGGUGUCCACAAGCGACCACGGAGCACAGUAUCACGUUUACAGACUCGUCAAGGACUGAAUGACCGCUGUGCCGAAACGCCUCCAGACGCCGUUCAUCCAAUGCGUACGAACAAAGUGAGGAAAAGAAAAUCAGACAAACCUGAAGCUCAUGAACACAAUCAUGGACAAAACACAAACCGGGAUCCUCUGCACUAGGUUGUGUUGUAUGUGUAGUCGUGUUCCUUAAAAGAAAAGGAAAUGUACUUUCAGGGAUAAUUCUGUUUCUUACUGUUUUGUGGAGGAGAGGUCUUGAAUGUCUGUGGUGGGUGAACUCUGUCAUGUUUAUGGUACUAGACUCUGAAGGCACAAAGGUCUUUUUAAAAGCCAUUGUAAGCGAAUAGGAAAGGAAUUCUGGUCGAUACAAGUCUUUCUCUAAUCAGGAACGUUGCGAUAGCGUAUGUUUGUCUUUCAUUUAGACGCAGCAGCUUGCUACCUCUGACCUUUGACAGAUCGCGGGCUCAGACUGUGCUCAGAAAGAUGCGCAAGUCUUGAAAAUAAAAACGGUUUUGUGUGGGAAAGACACUGAAUGUUUGUUGUGAUGGGAAGCGCAAGUUGCAAGAAGUUCAGGGUUCAUGUUCCAUGAAUGUCGCACACUUUUGCAAGUUUUACUCUCGAUUUGGCUUGAUUUUCUGUUGUGGAAAGUUUGCAAAUGUGUGAGCUAUUUCUACCUCCUGGUGUUACGUGGAUAUGUAUGGAAGCCUGUAUUCACCACAGAAUAAAAACCAUAAUUGCGAGUUUUUCUCUCACAAUUUCUAGCAAAUUUUCUGGCGAUUCUGUGUUCACAUCUCACAAUUUGGACUGUUUCUUGUAAAAACCAAAAAAAUUCGGUAUAAGCUCAGAAUUGCGAGAUUUAACUAGAUAUAAACUCGUAAUUCUGAGAGAAGAAUUGUGAGAAAAAUGCAAUUGUGAAAUUAAAAACUCGCAAUUACCUUUUUUACUUAUUUAUUCUGUAGCAUUAAAAAAAAUAAUUUUGAGAUGUAAACUCGAAUUUCAAAAUAUAAACAGAAUUAUUAGAUGUAUAAUUGGAAUUGCGGAAAAAAAAAAGUGAGAAUUCUGAGUUUGUAUCUCGCAAUUAUAUUUUUAUGUCUCAGAAUUCUGUCUUUUUCUCAGAAUUUCUAGAAACGAAAAAGUCAGAAUUGUGAGAUAAAAAGUCGCAAUUACCUUGUUUUUCUUUCAGUAGCAGAAAAAAAAAGAAAAAAAAACAGUUGCGAGAUGUAAACUCAGAAUUCUGACUAAAAAUGUCAGAAUUGUGAGAUGCAAAUUUGGAAUUUUGAGGGGGAAAAAAGUUAGAACUGUGAGAUGAAAAAGUCACAAUUAGCUUUUUUUUUUUCUUUAAAUUAUUCUGUGAUGGAAAUGGGCUUCCGUGGAUAUGCAAAGUGCGUUUUUAAAGCAGAGUUUUGGUUUAAAACCAUUAAUGAUUAUUGUGAAUAGGCAUGGUUUUACUCGAUUGCCCUCAUUUUGAGUGCCUUAUCACUUUUGUGUCUACCUUCGCCAUACUGGCGAGUGAGCAGGAAAAUUCAGUAGAUCAGGUAACACUGUUUAAAACAAAGAGGGCAAAUCUGCUAUUGCAUAAUGGGGUUACAGCGGGACAAAACAAAUCUCUGCAUGUAACACUUGGUUUUGAUUUCUCAGUGUUUUUAAUCAAUGAACUACAUGCUAAUUAAUUACAUCACCAAAGCAAUUACACUUAACUGGGUGCUUGAGUAUUUUCCUAAUAAAAACAUUGUAUUUUAAUAUAAAAUUGAAAUAUUUCAGUUGUUCUCUCAAUUUUUGGAGUGUGGUAAGGUGUGCCAUUGGUCAACAGAAGAUUUUGAACAGCACAAAGUGAAAUUAGCUGUUAAUUCCAUAUCAAAAUGUGCAAUAAGAUCCGGGCUAUUCCGAUCCACGUUUUCUCAGGUUCUUUCAGUAAUGUAGAAACACUCUAGGUUUAUAAUGCUAGUAUACAGUAUGUGGAGUCAUGGAUUCAUUACUCUUUUUUUAUUCGUCCACAUGGCAUCCGUCUUGGUGUUGAUAGUUUUUUUUAUUAACCCACAAUCACCUGUGCUGGUUAGUACUUAUGAUUUUAAAUGUCAGACAUAAUCAGUGACAUUUAACUGUAGUCAGCUGAUUAUUUAUGGCAUCAUAUAUUGGUACAUUUAUAUACAUUUGUCCAAUACGUUAUGGAAAGCACUUGUUGAUGUUCCAUAAAUAACUGAGUUGUACAUUCUCAUUUUGGAACUUUUUUUUGUUUUGUUUUUUGUGAAGGUUUCUAGACUAAUUUGUAAUAUCUUAACCAAAGAAUCGAAUGUGAACAUCAUCCCAGUCUUGCCUUAUCGUGUGCUUCAGGUCUUCUGUGACAUUUUAAGAGAAAAACCAUGCUUCUGAAUGAGUGUGUUGUGUUUGUGUGUAUCUGUGCACCUGUGUGAGAGAGAGGAAAAUAGAAAUUAAUUUCGAAAUUCUACAAACUGUCUUGUGUAUGUUUUAAGAAUGUUACAGGAAAAAGGUUUUGAUGUCUAUUCUUUUUUUCAUCUUUAUUUUUAUUUUUUGCUUUGUUUGUUCCAGUAUAAUUCUUGUUCUGG